AUGACUCCUACAGAUGCUGCCUCUAUAGUCAGAAAAACAGCCAUAAUUGACAGAGAACUCCUGCGUCUUCUCGUUGAUGUGGCUGCAUUACAGGAAACUCGCCUCUCUGGGGAAGGCAGCCUGCGUGAAGAUAAUUACACUUUUUUCUGGAAAGUGCGAAACAGUCUUCUCAGCUGCUGCGAACAACCAAAAUCUAUGUCUGAACAAUUAACAACUUUGAGAUUAAAGACAACAUCAGGCCCCGUCACAUUAAUCUCUGCAUAUGCUCCCACUAAGAUAGCGCCACCUGAAGUCAAAGACAUGUUCUAUGAUGACAUGCGGAAAUGGCUGGAGAAUGUUCGUGGAUCAGAUAAACUCAUGUUACUGGGAGACUUUAAUGCCAGGGUUGGGAACAAAAGGAACAACUGGACCGACUGCAUUGGCCCAUACGGCAUUGGAAAUAUGAAUGAGAAUGGUCAGCGACUGCUGGAACUUUGCACCUCUCUUUCUCCCUGCAUCACUAACACUUACUUCCAGAACAUAGACGUGCACAAAGUAACAUGGAAACACCCACGUUCAGACCAUUGGCAUCAGCUCGACUUCUUCAUAACCAGAAGAAGAGACCUACGUCAUGACCUUAAUUCCCGUACAUAUCACAGUGCUGACUGUGAUACUGAUCACUCUUUAGUUAUGACUAAAUCACAGUUCACACCAAAGAAGAUUCACUCAGCUGAGAGCGUUUGUCAAAGAGUGAAGAUCAACACCAAAGCCAUUCAAGAUGAUGCGCUAUACAAAAAGUUUAAUGAAGAAAUUGAGAUGAAACUGAAUCCUGAGCAAUUCAUAACUGCACAUAGUGCCAAAAAUAUGUGGCAUCUAGCUAAAUAA